AUGAUGGAGACUUCGGAGCACAAGGAGCUCCGUCGCGUGGCCUUCUUCGCCAUCGUUGUCUCGACGGUGGCCGUCAUCGCGGCGAUCGUUAUUCUUCCGAUGCUCUACUCGUAUGUCGCCGGAUUCCAGAGCCAUCUCAUCAUUGAGGCUGACUUCUGCAAGGUAAGCACUACUUUUACAGGAUCUGUCCUUAUAUAAUAUCUUGGAUCUCUAGAAUCUUGGAUCUCUAGAAUCUCUAAAAAUUUGAAGCUCAUUUGACCUCGUCGAACUCAUCCCAAUCCUUUCUCUACUCCAGACCCGCUCUCGCGACAUGUGGGCUCAAAUCCACGACAUCGACGGCCCACACCUUUUCCGUCAAAAGCGUCAAUACUCGUCUCCAAACCCACCAGCCGCCGUCGGCUACGGAGCGCCAGUGACCAACUCGGAGCCGGCUCCAACUUGCUGCUCUUGCCAGCAAGGACCGGCAGGACCACCAGGACCACCGGGAGACGACGGAAACGCCGGACAGGACGGAAUCCGCGGAAACGACGGAACCGACGGAAAGGAAGGAAACCUGCUGGAGAGCGCGAUCGUUAACGAGCCGUGCAUCAUCUGCCCGCCAGGACCACCAGGACCGCAGGGAAUGGGCGGCGCCAAGGGACCACAGGGACCAAAGGGAGGAAACGGAGAAAACGGACCGGACGGAAAGGCGGGAGCCAACGGAAUGCAGGGACCACCGGGAAUGAUGGGACAGCCGGGAAGACAGGGAGUCAGCGGACCGAAGGGAGCUCCGGGACGCGUCAACCAGAUCAACGGACCAGCAGGACCAGCCGGACACAAGGGAAUCCGUGGACCACCGGGACCACGCGGAGAGGCCGGAUUGGACGGAGGCAACUCGGAGGGACCACAGGGACCACAGGGAGACGCCGGACGACAGGGACCUGUCGGAGAGCAGGGACCACAGGGACCAGAGGUAAGCAAUUGAUAAUCUUUAAAAAAUUUCAAAAAUUAUUUGACUCUCAGGGACCACAAGGACCGCCAGGAGAGCCAGGAGGUUGCGAGCACUGCCCAAUCCCAAGAACUCCACCAGGAUAUUAA